AUGAGCGUCCAUAGCGACAGUGAUAUAGAUGAAAUAUUGAGCCCAGAUGACGGCGAAGAAGAAGAACAGAUAAUAAAAAAUAAAGUUGAUAUGAAAAAAGCCAUUAUAUUCGAAAAUAUUAGACGAUUAGAGGAGAUCGAUAAGACUGUACAACUACAUAAAACUGCGACCGAAAAAUCUAAAAUAGCAAAAAAGAUGAUGAAUACUAAAGAAGAAGAAUGUUUUGAUGAGGAAAAUAAUAAUAUAGUAAACUCUGUAGUACAAAAAAAUAAAGUAACAGAAACAUUUGAUUUGGGCAAGACUAUAAUCGUUAAAUAUUAUAUUAAAAAAAAGUGGAAGUAUUAUGUCGGUGUGAUAACCGAAACAAAUGAUAACCAGCUCGACAAAAGCAAGAAUACUCCUCGUACUUAUUCACUUAAAUCAACAUUUAAUACAUCCAUAACUAUGGAAUCCAUCAAGGAGUCUUUGUCUACACUGACUGAUAUGUUUAACGCCCGGAUGAAUGAAUUUCAGCAAGACUUGCAUAAAACUUCGUCAUCUGUUUCAUCUAGCGCCCUGCCAACUGAAUUUAAUAACUUCAGGAGCUUCAUUGUUUCCGUGCUAAACACUUUGCAACGUCAAGUUGAAUAUCUUGCUUUAGAGGUUGACCGGCAUGAAAUGAGAAGAAGGCGUAAGAUGAUUCUUUUCCACGGUGUCCCAGAGAUUAAAAAUGAAGAUAGUGCAGCCAGAAUCACAAGUUUGAUCGCUGACCAUCUCGAUCUGCAGAACUUUUCUACCGAAAGCAUUAAAGACUCUUAUCGCUUAGGCCGCCCCGCCGACAAGCCUAGGCCUAUCGUAGUGAAAUUUAGCGAUGUUAAUGUGCGUAAUAAAGUGUGGUUCGCCAAAACCAAACUCAAAGGCACUGGUUUCACCCAGUCGGACUUCCUCACGAAGAGUAGGCACGAAGCGUUUCUGGAGGCAAGGCAGCGUUUUGGUGUCACCAAGUGCUGGACUCGGGAUGGGUGCAUCCACAUUAUAGCCCCGGAUGGGUCUCGGCAUCGUGUGGAGUGUAAACUGGAUUUAAGUGUAAUUCCGAGCAAUCCAGUUAAAUCGCCGCAGAACGUAUCAGUUCCCAAAACAACAGACAAAGUGGUGGCUUCUCGCGUUAAACGAAUAGUAAAAAAA